AAUCAUAUGCCGGAAGGGGCCAAAAUUAGCACAUAAACCCGAGGCCAGGCAGUAGAGUGAAGUUUGAGCAGGAUGGAAAUGGAGAGCAGCGAGAGUCCAAUUCAAACUACCAAGGGGGCUGCUGCAAAGUCCAAAGCUCCCCGCAAACCCAAACAAACCACCAGUGUCCUCAAGCAGAAAUCUCCAGCUGAAUUCUUUUCUGAAAACAAAUCCAUUGCUGGGUUUGACAAUCCUGGGAAGUGCCUUUAUACUACUGUUAGAGAGUUUGUUGAGAAUGCCCUUGAUUCCGCUGAGUCUAUUUCUGAGCUUCCUGUUGUCGAAAUUACGAUUGAAGAGAUUGGGAAAAGCAAGUACAAUUCCAUGAUUGGUCUUGCUGACCGUGAACGGGUUGAUGAGGAACUUUAUGAUGAUUUCGAGACAGCUAAGGCUCGCGAGAAACGACUUGCAAAGGAAGCUCGCAUACAAGAAAAUCAGGCGAAGCUUGCUGCCCUUGGUAAGAAACUAAAAGAGCCAACAUCUGCAAAGGCCAUUAAGGGUCGAGCGCAGGCCUCGUUUUACAGGGUGACCUGUAAGGAUAAUGGGAGAGGAAUGCCGCACGAUGAUAUCCCUAAUAUGUUUGGACGAGUUCUGUCUGGUACAAAGUAUGGCUUGAAACAAACCCGGGGAAAGUUUGGGCUAGGUGCAAAAAUGGCACUAAUUUGGUCCAAAAUGAGUACAGGACUUCCCAUUGAGAUCUCAUCUUCAAUGAAGGGCCAGAACUAUCUUUCUUUCUGCAGGCUGGACAUUGAUAUUAAUCGGAACAUUCCCCACAUUCACUUGCACGAGAAACGGGAUCUCAAGGAGCACUGGCAUGGGGCGGAAAUACAAAUUGUUAUCGCUGGAAACUGGACAACUUAUCGUUCAAAGAUAUUGCACUAUAUGCGUCAAUUGGCUGUUAUCACACCUUAUGCUCAAUUUCUUUUUAACUUUGUCUCAGAUGCAUCAGACAAAAAUGUCAGCAUAAGGUUUUCAAGAAGAACUGACAUAAUGCCAGCGGUUCCCCUUGAGACAAAAUUCCAUCCGUCAGCUGUUGAUUUACUACUCAUUAAGCGCCUUAUAACAGAAACAUCAAAACAAAACUUGCUGCAGUUCCUUCAGCAUGAAUUUGUGAAUAUUGGUAGAGCCUUUGCUGAGCGACUGAUCGGAGAGAUGGGUCCAGAUUUCAGCCCAAAAAUGCCUGUCAAAUCUCUAACCUCGCAGCAAAUAGUUCGUAUCCAUCAGUUGUUCCGUCAAGCCAAAUUUGAUGACCCUAGUGGAGAUUGCCUUAGUCCUGCUGGAGAAUACAAUCUUCGGCUUGGAAUUAUCAAGGAGCUGCACCCAGAGAUGGUUGCCACCUAUUCAGGAAGUGCUCAAGUAUUUGAAGGCCACCCAUUUAUCGUGGAAGCUGGAGUUAGUGUGGGCGGUAAAGAUGUUAAGCAAGGUUUAAAUGUUUUCCGGUUUGCAAACCGUAUUCCACUUUUGUUUGAGCAAGGUGCUGAUGUUGUGACCAGAACUGCCAUGAAGCGGAUCAAUUGGAAUAGUUAUAAGAUCAAUCAUACACAAGACAAAAUUGGCGUAUUUGUGAGCAUUGUAAGCACAAAGAUUCCAUUUAAAGGGACAGGGAAGGAGUAUAUUGGUGAUGAUAUAAGUGAGAUAGCUUCUGCAGUCAAGACUUCUAUUCAGCAAUGUUGCAUUCAGCUAAAAUCGAAAAUUGCCAAAAAAAUUCAGGCCCGUGAACAGCAGGAGAGAAAAAGAAAUUUGAGCAGGUAUAUUCCUGAUGCUUCUGGUGCUAUAUACGAUGUCUUGAAAGAAAUGACCACCUUGCAUGCAUCAAAGAAGAAACGCUACAAUGACGAGGACGCAGAACUACUGAAUAAAGUCUCAUCAAAGUUGAUAACGAAAGGUACCCUGAUGGAGAAACUUGCAGAACAUGUUGAACAGGUGGACUACGAGAUGGCGCUGGAAUAUGCAACACACAGAGGGGUGACAGAUGAACCCCGUGAAAAUUUAUUUAUUCAGUCGUUGAGAGACGAGAACAAGUUCACGGAUUUCCAAAGUCCCGUCUUCGUAUUCCGACUCUUUCAGUAAGCAUACAGUACAAAUUUACAUUUUUCCGAGCAAAGAUAAAAUUGUAAUGGACAUUAUUUCAGUCCUGUUAUUGUACCUUGAAAAACAAAAUUGUAGUACUUCCCACCAUCAACAAGAGUACUUUAGUAUACCGAUUUCAACUCAAAUGCAUCACUCUUUUUUU